AUGGACAGUGAUGACGAUUUAUAUGAUGAGUUUGGUAACUUCAUAGGAAACCCAGAAAAUUCGGAUGCUGAAUCUAUGAACCAAACGACCAAACAAGGGAAUAAUAAAGAUGAACAUUCAGAUUCUUCAAUGGACGAAGACGAAGCACCAAAAGAGCUGGAGGAAACAUCCAUGAUAAAGAAGGAAUUCUCAGACACUCAUACAUUCGAGACUAUUGUUGUGGAUCCCACACAUCAAGGAGAUGAACAGCCUAUUAUUAAACCCAUUGCUGACCAAAAACUAUACAUUGAGUAUGCGAAGACAGUUGAUUCUUCGGACCUUCCCGAGGUUACAUACUCCCGAGACUAUAUGAAAUCCUUGCUAAAAGAUAUUCCUGAGAGGAUUCGUAACUUUGCCAUAGUUGGAAGCUUGCAUACCGGAAAAACUAGCUUGGUGGACAGAUUGGUGUUGGAAACUCAUCCGACAAUAGAUGAAGGGAAACAAAACCUUCAAGAAUUUAAAAGCUUACGGUAUUUGGAUAGUCACAGGUUAGAGAAAGAAAGAGGAAUUUCAAUUGGUGCUUCCUUAUUAACUCUUUUAUGUCCAGACAGCAGAGAUAGGUCGCAUGUUUUAAACAUUAUUGAUUGUCCGGGCCAUCCUGACUUUCUAGAUGACACUUCUGCAGCACUAUCAGUUGUUGAGGGCGCAGUUUUGGUGUUGGAUUUGCUCGAAGGAUUCACUAAGAAAGACAAGAGAAUUGUCACUCAUUUGAUUAAAAAGAAUCUACCAUUUGUUGUUGUUUUGAACAAAUUUGACAGAUUAAUUUUGGAGCUCAGACUUCCGCCACGGGAGUUCUUCCAUAAAGUAAGAUAUGUGCUUGAUGACAUCAAUCUGUUCAUUCAUCAUAAUGAAUUUAUCAGCACAUACACACAUGAAAAACUAGUCAGUCCAUUAAAGAACAACGUCGUUUUUUCGUCUCUGAUUCUUCUGACAACCUUUUCCUUAAGGUCCUUUAGUAAACUUUACUGUGACAAUCAACAAUUUGCUAAAGAUUUAGACCAAAAACAACUCGAAAGAUUGCUCUGGGGAGAGAUUUCUUUCGACGGGAAUAAAAAACAAUUCUUUGUGCUCAACGAAGACGCUGUUUUGGACUCCAAACGUACAUUUGAGAUGUUUAUCUUGGAUCCUCUCUACAAGCUCGUCACAUAUACUUUAACUUCCGAUGGAAAUGGCCAUAGACUAUCAAAACUUCUUUGGGAUAACUUCAAAGUCACGCUUCAAAAAUCCGCAUAUAAGAAAGACCCGCAAAUACUUUUGAAAAUUGUAUUUGGUUCAGUGUUUGGAAGUACCCAAGCCCUAGUUGAUCUGAUUACCACUGCCCUACCGGGGCCAGAGAAAAAUGCAGAAUGUCUUUUGAAGCGGGGGCUUGAUCUCAGAGACGAAUAUUCGAGCGAGCUUGUGGCUGAGGUGUUCAAAACUCAGUUGACAUCCGAUACGAAAGGAUUUGUCUCAUUUAUUCGUAUUCAUCAAGGAUCUUUAAAGGAAGGGCAACGCGUAAGAAUUGUUGGGGAUAAUCAUAUCGAUGACAGGAAGGAUGAUGUGAUUUGCGAGGUCGGCGAGAUAUAUCUUGCUGGAGGAAGAUAUAAAGUGCCUUACGAAGAAGCUUCUGCUGGCUCUAUAGUGAUUGUGACUGGUAUCAACGAAGCAAUUCAAAAAUGCGCAACAGUGCUUGGACAGUCGAUCCCUAAGAGUCUAGUAAAGCCUAUUCAUUGGGCCGAAAGCGAACGAAGGGCUGUUUACAAAGUUGCAGUAGAGCCCGAAAAACCAAGCGAAUUGCCAAGAUUGGUGGAUGGACUAAAGCAACUAAGCAGAACUUAUCUUUCUGCUGUAGUCAGAUUAGAGGAAAGUGGGGAACAUGUGAUUUUGGCUCCAGGAGAACUCUAUAUGGACUGUUUUCUUCAUGACCUCAGAUAUCUUUUCGACGACUACUUCUCGAUCAAAGUUAGUGAUCCAAUGGUCAAGUUCAGUGAAACUUGUGCCGAAAGGUCCGUCACUAAAAUAGACACGUAUGCAUCAUCAAAAAAGAGCCAGAUCUCCAUCACAUCUGAACCUUUUAAUGAUACAAGGGUCAGUCAAGCUAUACAAGAAGGAAAGAUAAGUUUGGCCCAACCGAGCAAAGUGACUUCGAAGACUUUGAGAACGGAGUAUGGAUGGGAUUCCCUUUCAGCAAGGUCAUUAUGGUGUUUUGGACCAGAUGAUAUGCACAAUGCUUCGAUUCUUUUAGAUGAUUCCAUUGACGGUGAAACAGAUAAGGAAAGGCUUUCGAAAGCUAAAGAUCUCAUUAUCACUGGUUUCAAAUUGGGUAUAAACGAAGGCCCACUCUGUAAUGAACCCAUAAGAAAUUGCAAGUUCAAGAUCUUGGAUGCUGUGUUGAGUGGAUCAAAAAUCCAGUCAAGCGGUUCUCAAAUCAUACCUAUGACUAGAAAUGCCGUGCAUACUGGGUUUUUGACGGCGAGUCCAAGGCUCAUGGAGCCCGUAUAUCGAGUAUCAGUUACAUGUACUUACAAUAGCAUCCAGGCCGUGCUGAUAUUAUUGGGAAAGAGGAGAGGCUGGAUAGUCGAUGAAUAUCCAAUUCCGGCCACCAAGCUCUAUGAAAUUGAAGGAUUCGUUCCCGUGAUUGACUCCGUGGGUCUCGACACAGAUAUGCGUCUUCAAACCCAAGGCCAAGCCAUGUGCUACCUUGAUUUUGCCAAAUGGGAUACAGUUCCCGGAGAUCCGUUGGAUAGAGAUUGCCAUCUCCCACAAAUGAAACCAGUUCCACGACAGUCAAUGGCUAGAGACUUCGUGCUUAAAACGCGCAGGAGGAAAGGCUUGAGCGGUGAGCCCAAUUUGCAAAAGUACCUCGAUCCCGAACUCUACUUGCGGUUAAAAAACAGCGGGAUAAUAAAUUGA